AGAGCGCAGCAGCAUCCCGCGGCUCCGCUCCGCUCGCCUCUUCCUCUCCCUUUUCUUCCUCCAGCACUCUCCACGUCUGUUUGAAUGUGUGCAGCUCGGGAUGUGACAGCAUUCUGGCUGCUGCGUUUUCACAGGAAAAAAAUAGAAACAAACUAAGAAAAAAAGCUCAGCGCUCUCUGUAUUUUCCGUCCGUCUUUUUGCUGGUCUUACUGUCUUUUGCCGACAGUGAUAAAGAGAGCAGUAAAAAUCGGGGGUCCCUGUUUUUUUGGAAUUAGAACAUAAGCAUUGCUGUUUUCUGACUUUGAGAGAGAAGAGAGGAGAGACUCCUUAGGAAUUUCCCAAGGAAUUUAUCCGGACGGCUCCGUCACCGGAGCUUUAUGUUCUCCUGCCUGGGUGCAUAAUGUUACCAACUUUUCCACACUAGGGAAAUUCUGAGGAGUUCUGUUCUGUCUUCGCUCUUUGUCUGAGGCAGCAGUCACAACCGUUUGUUCCAAACAGGGUGGGGGCAAAGGGAGCUUUAGUUGCAGCGUUGUGUCGGCGAGGUCGGCCUGCAGCAGCAGGGGCAGCAUGGUGGCACCUGCAUGAACCCGACGGAGAAGCUUCGAUUCUCUUGUUUCCUGAGAUGUCAACCACAGGAUGAGGCCUGAGGCCAGGUCUCAGGAGAGAGAAUGUUCCAUGACUUUCACACCUUCAACCUCAAGCUCAUGAUCUGCCGGGAAGUUUGCUUGAGCGGUGAAAGGCUGUGAAUACCCUGCAUCUGAGAAAUCAGACCAGACUGACUCACAGGGCUCUGUGAGCCAGUGCCACUGAGGCUGCCAAAGCAUGCUGGUGCCAAGCUGUCCCACCAUGCACAGAGCCAGAUCCACGCUGCUGCUGCUGCCGCCGCUGCUGCUGCUGCUGAUCCAGGGUCUGCUCCUCCACCUCGCCGACGCUCAAACACCGCCAAAGUUUUUAAGAACCCCCAAUGACCAAACAGGCGUGCAGGGAGGCGUGGCGUCCUUCAUCUGCCAGGCCACCGGAGAUCCACAGCCGAAGAUUGUGUGGAACAAGAAGGGGAAGAGAGUCAGCAACCAGAGAUUUGAGGUAGUGAUAGAGUUCAGCGAUGGCUCUGGCUCCGUGCUACGAAUUCAGCCGUUGCGCACGCCCCGAGACGAAGCCAUAUACGAAUGCGUCGCCUCCAACAGUGUUGGAGAGACGAGCGCCACCACCAGGCUGACUGUUUUACGUGAGGACCAGCUCCCGCCUGGCUUCCCCACCAUAGACAUGGGCCCACAGUUAAAGGUGGUGGAGCGAACGCGCACCGCCACCAUGCUCUGUGCCGCCAGCGGCAACCCCGACCCAGACAUCACCUGGUUCAAAGACUUCCUCCCUGUCAACACCACCAACAACAACGGACGCAUUAAGCAGCUCAGAUCAGAAUCCUUUGGUGGUACGCCAAUAAGAGGAGCCCUGCAGAUAGAGCACAGUGAGGAACCGGACCAGGGAAAGUACGAAUGUGUGGCAACGAACAACGACGGGACUCGCUAUUCUGCCCCGGCUAAUCUUUACGUCAGAGAGCUACGAGAAGUACGGCGAGUCCCACCCCGAUUCUCCAUCCCACCGACAGACAAUGAGAUCAUGCCUGGUGGCAGCGUGAAUAUCACGUGUGUAGCUGUGGGCUCGCCCAUGCCGUACGUCAAGUGGAUGCUGGGCGCUGAGGAUCUCACCCCGGAGGACGACAUGCCCAUUGGACGCAACGUCUUGGAGCUCACAGAUGUGCGACAGUCGGCCAACUACACUUGUGUUGCCAUGUCAACACUUGGGGUGAUAGAAGCUAUGGCCCAGAUAACAGUAAAAGCACUACCCAAGGCUCCUGGCACUCCGGUGGUGACUGAGCGCACAGCCACCAGCAUCACGCUGACUUGGGACUCUGGCAACCCCGAGCCAGUGUCCUACUACAUCAUCCAACACAAAUCCAAGUACUCUGAUGACCUAUACAAGGAGAUAGAUGGUGUUGCCACCACCCGGUACAGCGUGGGCGGCCUUAGCCCCUACUCCGACUACGAGUUCAGGGUGGUGGCUGUGAACAACAUUGGACGAGGGCCGCCCAGCGAGAGCAUCGAAGCCAAAACAGCAGAGCAGGCGCCGAGCACCGCGCCGAGACAGGUUCGAGGUCACAUGAUGAGCGCGACCACGGCGGUCAUCCAAUGGGACGAGCCGGAGGAGCCCAACGGGCAAAUCAUGGGCUACAGGGUGUACUACACCAUGGAUUACAGCCAGCAGGUUAACCUCUGGGAGAAGCAGAUAGUCCGGGGGUCGAACUUCGUCACCAUCCAGGGCCUCAUCCCAAAUAAGACCUACUACAUCAAAGUGUUGGCCUUCACCUCUGUGGGCGAUGGACCCCUUUCUCCUGAGCUGCAAAUCAUCGCCAAGACUGGAGUUCCCUCCCAGCCGACUGACUUUAAAGGAGAAGCCAAAUCAGAAACAAGCAUUUUGCUUUCAUGGAACGCUCCGGCCCAGACGGGACUGGAAAACCAAGUGACGGGAUAUGAGCUCACGUACAGAAAGAAGGACGACAAAGAUGAGAAACGAAUCAGCUUCGAACCGACAACCACAUACCUGCUGAAGGACUUGAAGCCCUUCACCACGUACACUUUCCGUCUGGCCGCCCGUAGUAAACAUGGAAUUGGCGCUUACACCAGUGACAUCUCUGCAGAAACUCCACAGACACAGCCCGCCGGCCCGCCUCAGGAUGUAAAGUGCCACAGCCCCAGCUCGACCAGUAUCCUGGUAAGUUGGCGGCCGCCAGCUGUGGAGCUGCAGAACGGGAUCUUGACGCAGUACGCUAUUCACUACGCCGCCACCGCAGGGGAGGACACCACCGCUCACCGAAUCUCUGGCAUCCCCCCGGAGAGCACCAAGUAUCUUUUGGAGAACCUGGAAAAAUGGACUGAGUACCGUGUGUCGGUCACUGCCCACACAGAUGUCGGAGCAGGACCUGAGAGCCUGCCGCAGCUUAUCCGAACAGAGGAGGAUGUUCCUAGUGGGCCACCUCGUAAAGUCGAGGUGGAGGCUGUCAACUCUUCAUCAAUUAAAGUGAUUUGGCGCUCACCGGUGCCCACCAAGCAGCACGGUCAGAUCCGAGGAUACCAGGUGCACUAUGUCAGGAUGGUUAAUGGGGAGCCCACAGGACAGCCAGUCAUCAAGGACAUCCUGAUUGAUGAUGCUCAGUGGGACUACGAUGAUACAACUGAACAUGAAAUGAUCAUCACUGAGCUGCAGGCCGAAACCACGUACUCAGUCACAGUGGCAGCCUACACAACAAAGGGUGACGGUGCACGCAGCAAACCCAAACUGAUCACCACCACUGGCGCAGUUCCUGAGAAACCUCGCCUCAUGGUCAGUACAACAAACAUGGGAACAGCUCUUCUCCAGUGGCACCCCCCAGCAAUAACCCACGGCCCCCUGCAGGGCUACCGCCUUCGCUUUGGCCGCAAAGACGUUGACCCACUGACUGUUAUUGAGUUCCCUGAGCGAGAGAACCACUACACCACCAAAGAGAUCCACAAGGGAGCCUCAUACACCUUCCGCCUUUCAGCGCGCAACAAGGUGGGUUUUGGGGAGGAGACGGUCAAAGAGGUCACCACAAACGAAGAAGUACCAAGCGGUUUCCCACAGAACAUUAAAGCAGAGGGAGCCAGCACCUCCACAGUUCAGGUCAGCUGGCAGCCUGUUCUCCUGGCAGAGCAAAACGGUCAAAUAGUGAAGUAUGCUCUGCAGUACAAAGACAUCAACAGCCCGCAGAGUCCAUCAGAAUUCUUCAUCAUUCCCCCGGAAUCAACCGUCCUCCUGGAUGGGCUCAGGGCAGACACUACUUAUGAUAUUAAAAUGUGUGCCUUCACCAGCAAGGGCUCUGGUCCCUAUAGCCCAAGUGUCCAAUUCAGAACACAGCCUGUGGAUCAAGCAGUGUUUGCAAAAAAUUUCCACGUGAGAGCUGCUAUGAAGUCGUCAGUGUUGCUGACGUGGGAAAUUCCAGACACCUACAACCCUGCACAACCUUUUACUAUUCUCUAUGACAAUGGGCAGAGUGUGGAGGUGGAUGGAAAGCUAACACAGAAGCUUAUCACGGGUCUUCAACCAGAGACACAGUACUCCUUCCUGUUGACCAACCGUGGGAACAGCGCUGGAGGUCUUCAGCAUCGCGUGUCCACCAUGACGGCCCCAGACGUCCUUCGCACCAAGCCCUACAUGAUUGGCAAAACAAAUUCAGACGGGAUGGUGACCGUAGAGCUCCCAUCAGUCCAAACUUCUGAAAGAGUAAGGGGUUACUAUAUUGUGGUCGUACCUCUGAAGAAGCAACGCACUGGGAAGUUUUACAGUCCCUGGGACAGUCCAGAUGAGAUGAAUCUGGAAGAGCUACUGAAAGAGAUAAACCGAACGAGCAGAGGCCUUCGCUUCCAGAGGCACGCUGAGCCCAAAGCCUACAUUGCUGCGUACUUCAAAGACCUGCCCAAAGAGUUCACCCUGGGAGAUGGCAAGAUUUACGACGACUUUGAAAACAAACAACUCCAGAACGGCCAGGAAUACAUCUUCUUCGUGCUCGCCGUGCUGGAGAUGUCUGAAAACAUCAUGUAUGCCACCAGCCCGUACUCCGACCCAGUUGUUUCAGCAGACCUCAAUCCCCAGCCAAUCAUGGACGAGGAGGAAGGUCUUAUCUGGGUGGUGGGGCCCGUGUUGGCAGUUGUCUUCAUCAUAUGCAUCGUCAUCGCCAUCCUUCUUUAUAAAAGCAAACCAGACAGAAAAAGAGCAGAAACCGAAGCCAGAAAAGGCAGCCUUCCAAACAGCAAAGAAAUGCCUCUUCAUCAUCCCACUGAUCCGGUUGAGCUCCGGCGACUGAACUUCCAGACACCUGGUUCAGGUGCGCCCAGUCACCCCAGUAACCUCCAUUUGUCAAGUAUGGCGAACCACCCUCCGAUACCCAUCAUGGAAUUGGCCGAUAAUGUAGAGCGCCUGAAAGCCAAUGACAACCUAAAGUUUUCGCAGGAAUAUGAAUCCAUUGAUCCUGGUCAGCAGUUCACUUGGGAGCACUCCAACCUGGAGGUCAACAAACCAAAGAACAGAUACGCCAACGUAAUUGCCUACGAUCACUCCAGAGUCCUACUCUCUGCUAUCGAUGGAAUCCCUGGAAGUGACUACAUCAACGCUAACUACAUAGACGGCUACAGGAAGCAAAAUGCCUACAUCGCCACCCAGGGAGCGCUGCCGGAGACGUUUGGUGAAUUUUGGAGGAUGAUAUGGGAGCAGAGGAGUGCCAUCAUCGUCAUGAUGACCAAACUGGAAGAGAGGUCGAGGGUGAAAUGUGAUCAGUACUGGCCCACAAGAGGGACAGAGACCUAUGGUCUCAUCCAGAUAACGUUGCUGGACACAGUAGAGUUGGCCACAUACUGCGUCCGGACGUUCGCACUUUUUAAGAACGGCUCCAGUGAGAAGAGGGAGGUGAGGCAAUUCCAGUUCACUGCCUGGCCAGACCACGGGGUACCGGAGCACCCCACGCCGUUCCUCGCCUUCCUCAGACGGGUGAAAGCUUGCAAUCCUCCAGAUGCGGGGCCCAUGGUGGUGCACUGCAGUGCCGGCGUGGGCCGCACCGGCUGCUUCAUUGUGAUUGAUGCCAUGCUGGAACGUAUCAAGCACGAGAAGACCGUGGACAUCUACGGACAUGUAACGCUGAUGCGCGCCCAGCGCAACUACAUGGUGCAAACAGAAGACCAGUACGUCUUCAUACACGACGCGCUCCAGGAGGCCGUCAACUGUGGCACAACCGAAGUGCCCGCCAGAAACCUGUACGCCUACAUCCAGAAACUGACCCAGAUAGAGGGUGGAGAGAAUGUCACUGGCAUGGAGCUGGAGUUCAAGCGCUUAGCCAACACUAAAGCUCACACGUCGCGAUUCAUCAGUGCCAAUCUGCCCUGCAACAAGUUUAAGAACCGCCUUGUCAACAUAAUGCCAUACGAGUCCACGCGAGUGUGUCUUCAGCCCAUCCGAGGAGUGGAGGGCUCGGACUACAUCAAUGCAAGCUUCAUUGAUGGGUACAGGCAACAGAAAGCUUACAUUGCAACACAGGGACCGUUGGCGGAGACCACAGAAGAUUUCUGGAGAAUGCUCUGGGAGCACAACUCCACCAUUGUAGUCAUGCUGACCAAGCUCAGAGAAAUGGGCAGGGAAAAAUGUCACCAGUACUGGCCGGCAGAAAGGUCAGCCAGAUACCAGUACUUUGUGGUGGACCCCAUGGCCGAGUAUAACAUGCCCCAGUAUAUCCUGAGAGAGUUCAAAGUGACUGAUGCCAGGGAUGGACAGUCACGAACAGUAAGGCAGUUUCAGUUCACUGACUGGCCUGAACAAGGAGUGCCAAAAUCAGGAGAGGGUUUCAUCGAUUUCAUUGGCCAAGUACAUAAAACAAAAGAGCAGUUCGGCCAAGAUGGUCCCAUCUCAGUCCACUGUAGCGCUGGAGUUGGUAGAACCGGAGUUUUCAUUACCCUCAGCAUCGUCUUGGAACGGAUGAGAUACGAGGGUGUGGUAGACAUCUUUCAGACAGUGAAAAUGCUACGGACACAAAGACCAGCGAUGGUACAGACAGAGGAUCAAUACCAAUUCUGCUACAGAGCCGGCUUGGAGUAUUUGGGAAGCUUUGAUCACUAUGCAACGUAAAACGCCCAGUAUUGGAAGAUAAAACUGGAGGGCCCUUUGGGAGAAAAAAGAAAUCCAAGCGAGCCUCUCUUCUGAGCCAUAAAUUCCUGCUUGAGAAAGUACUCCUUAACUCCUUGCUAACAAUUCAUUUAAGUGUUGGAUGUGCGACAUGACUCGUCAAAAAAUGAAAAAGAUGAUUCCCGGAGGACCAAGUAAUUUCCCCAACAAGCCCAAAUAAAAAGAACCUCAGCUUAAGACGAGCAUGAGGGUGGGAAUCCUGACUAUUGAAGCAUCAUAGGGAAUUACCUUUUCUUCUUUUGCUUCAAGGAUCCAUUUUGGGGCUCAUAAAACUAAAUGAAACCAACGCAAGAAAAAAGUUAAUGAACAAUAAUGACGUCGUCAGAAAUGCAUCAGUGAUUAUGACCCAUAACGAGAGACGAGAAGCACACCGAAACACAGGGGGAAGCAACUCAAUGCACAUUGUACAAAAAGAAAAAGAGGAAAAAACAUCAAAUCUAUUUCACAAUCAAGUCCACACAUCAAAUCAAGAAGACGAUGCUUGGUCCACAGGAGCAGAACAGACUUAAAGUAAUAAUGAAUAAAUAAAUACCCCUUUUAUCUGACCGCAAUGUUGAUUCAUUUCAGUUUGGGGGAGAAGUUAAAGUUAAAAUACAAAAGUAUUGAUUUAGUUUUUUAUUAUAAAGUUGAUGUGCUUUUUUUCAAAUGUCUUUUUCUUUUCUUUUACAGAGAAAAAGCGUUAAAACAUUUUUUUAAAGCUGUAGAACUGUUCUAAUGUACGUGCUGUUUUUGCAGAGAAUCCGUUUGCUAAUUUUCAUACACUUCAAAAAUUCACACCAUCCAUAAUGUAACUUCCUUCAGUAGUCUUUUUUGUUUUUGGGGAAAUUGUUCAUAUAUUUUUGUCAAGUUUUCUGUCUACAAUCACUCACAUUAUAACCUGAUUACUUCCAUUUGAUUAAAGGGCAUAUAUCAUCAUUUUCUACAACUUCUUGAGUUGUUUUCAGGGUUGAAACUUCACAUAGAAACAUUGAUUAGCAUGUGAGAAAGAUGUUUAGAAGGGGUGAGAGAAGAACAGAGCACAAUGCAGCCGAGAACGCAGCUGAUUGUCGCUGGGCAGCGAUGACGUCACAUCUCAAACACCAAAAUCAGGUGUAAAGUGAGACAUUAAAACUCGUUUUCGCUGAUCACACAGAGCAAUUCUCCAUACUAUUAGUCUGUUUGAUAAACAAACAAAUUUUUCUCAGAUGUUGUUCAGAGGCCAACAUCUGUCCAUCUAGACCUUUUCCGACGUUUGAUGUGGUGGAUGACAGAGAAAAACCUGAUGUGUAUUCCCAAAGCAGCUGUAGUCACAUACACUCCUUUAUUUGGCUCAGACGUUAAGAAAGAAAUGAAGAACAGUGUAAAAAAAAAGAAGCAUUUUUUUAAUCUGAUGAAGCUCAUAAUCAACAGCUGCGGUUGCCUAAAUGUUCUGGCUGUUGACUCCCUGGUGGACCUGUCUUUUGUAGCUGUACCAUGAAGUGGGUUUUCUCAUUUUUCAGAUUUGGGUAGUGACGACACUUGAAGCCGGGGCCAAAACGCAUUUGCGACAGACUGUUUUCGCGAGCAUUUACCUCCCACAUUGUUUUGCAUAGAAGAUCUCUGAAGCAAAAGUGCUCCCUUCAUCCUUUCUGUAAUAAGCAGCCACACAUGCAUUCGACAAAUUCCUGUGUCAAAAGGUCUUUUCGUGUCAACAAAACAAUCCAUCGUGUUCAGAGAUUUCAAGAAGGUGCCGUUACAGUCACUCUGUCAUCAUCCAUAUAUGGUAGUGCCUUCCUGUUUUAGUGGACGUGACUCAGAAGGCUCUUUUUGUUUCGGAUAAGUGCAUUUUUAAAAAUUAUUUAAGAAAAGGAAGUUGUGAUUUGUUUCAUACUGUGAAGCUUUUCAGGUUUUCUGGCUCUAAAAUAUGAUGAUAUAUGCCCUUUAACCGGGGCCUGGUGGAAUCAACAGGGGUGAGCAAAGUAUGAAGUUGCUGCUACCGAUUAUCUUAGUUCUUCCAUGUUACAAUGAGAAGAGAAAACAUGAUGAAUUUGGUAUGAAUAUAUAACUAUAUACUGUCAAAUAUGUGAAAUAUGUAUAUCAAAGUAUAGAUAUAACAAUAUAUAAAGUAUAUAGUUUAAAAGUAUAUAAAGUACGGAUUGUGUUUGAAAGCCUUUAAGCGGGGAGUUGUGUGCCAUGGGGGAGACAGAGAUUUUUCACUGGAAUGCACAUCGGUAAAACAAAACUGUAUUUUGAUUCAGUGCAUCUUUUCUUGUGCAAUAAACGUGUUUUAGAUUUAGAUUACUUUUUUUUCCCACUUUUAAUAUGUGGCGAUGUCAUUAACUCACGACUUUAUUAUGCCCUCCCCCUCCCUACAAGCAGGUGGCAGUCAAAGCGAUGCUGGUGCAUCUUUGCUUUAAACAAAAAGCUUAGUCAGUCAGAAAUUAGAGGAGAUCACACUCAGUCUCCACACAAUAGGGCAAGGUACAAAGAUAUAUAUAUAUAUAUUAUUUUUAUUUUUGCAUCUAGAGUGCCUUAUAUUUAUGCCUGUUUUUAUAAUGUUUUAUUUACCAUUCAUGUAUCCUUUGAGUAUUCAAGGCAUUUAGUGGAAAUUAAAAUGUAAAGUUUAUUUACCUUUAGUUUUUAUUUGUCACAUAAUGAAAUAUAUAUAUAUAUAUAUAUAUAAAUGCAAAUAAUAACAUUUUAAUGGUCAGUUUUUGUGGCCUUACAGAGGCUGAGGGAAUUGGAACAAUACAAAAAAAGUACACAGGUUGGGAUGGGAUGAUAAUGUAAAACUAAACAUUAAAUUUGAAAAAGAUUAAUGCUGGUCUCCAAGCCCAACAUACAAUUAAGCGUCAACUAACAUUCUCAAGUGGAUUUUGCUAACAAAAAAAAAAAACAACAGAAAAACAAAUGGAUGCACAAACACAGGUCAUCAAUGACUGGUUUCUUCUUUAUGCCUUUUGUCUUUAUACGCAACACGUCAGAGCAGACCUAGAGAGAAAAUGUCCCUUCUGUUAAACUGACUAUCUUAAACAGUGUGCUAUCUUCUUUGUCUCCAAGUUAAAGGGAAGGUUUUUACACCGACUUGAGCUCCAUUACUCUCUACUGCUCCCUGAGAGCGGGGUUUUACCGCCAAACUGUCACAACCUGAAACAACUGACUGACUCUUGUGAAAUUAGUAUCAGGAGCCCCGACUCUUCGCUGAUCCAGAAGGAAGACACACUUAAGUCAUCAUAUUUUUCUUUGAGAAGAGCUCAAAGAAUCUGCCUAAUUAAGACAUAAUCUUAACAAAACACUGAACUCCAACGUUACUAAAAAGUUAGUGAGCUCACCGUCUCUUUCCUUCUGCUUGUCUUAAUACCACCAGUCACUUUGUAGGGCGAAGUACAGCACAAAGUGGCACUCUUCUCUGAAUUUAUAAACGCAGUUUGUGAUGGAGAUUAGAAACACUGACGUUUGUUUUUAGUGUUAUUGCCGUGUAACUCUGAUGCUGUUCAUAUUGCCCUAGAGGUAAUUCAUACAUUCCCUCUUUCAGUCUGUCCGUCCCCAGAUUUUGGGGGAUGAAUAGGAGCAAUUUGACACUGAACAUUUCAUACUGACCAUAAACCACGUUGACCACAAAUAAUUUAAUGCAAUUCCCUUUGAUUCAGUCAUAGGUUUCCGCAUGGAAAUGUGGAUUUGAAGAAUGAAGAGAAUGAUGAGCCAAAACGGGGAACUGGAAGCAAAAUUAAUUGGAAAUGGCUUGGAAAAAAUUUAAAGUAAUGUUCAACCAAAUAAAAUAACAAAAAAAAAUUAAUUACUAUUAAUCUCAAACAUGAUAUACAUAGUUUACAUGGGUACAAAAUUGGGUUGAAUAUAAGAAAAUAUAUAUUCCUUUGGUAGUGAUAAAAAUUAUGUAAUAUUUUUGCUUUAUCAUGAUACAUCUUCUCUCCUCUCCAUGAGCUUUAGCAUCUCAACUAGUAAUAGAUCCACUCUAAUUGGUUAAACUUACUAUGAGAAACAUAAUUUCCCAACAUUUAUGAUCUUACAAGAAUUGGAUUCAAGCAGCUCUUUGACAUUGUGAUGAGAUGAUGAUUGGUCUUCAAUAUAUUAUGCAGGUUUAGUAUCAAAAGGAAGUAAGUAAGGACAAAAUAGCAACUCUCUGUACAACAGCAGGCGCAAAUUGAUCUGGAACCAUCAAAUGACUGUAUAAAUGACUGUUUCUAUCUACCAAUAAAAGCUCACGUAUGCCAUUUAGUGAGUCAAAAAAAAAAAAAAGAGUUCAGAAACAUUGUAUGUUUAAAACAUCACUUACAAAUUAAGUUGGUGAUAUUAAUGCGUCUGUUUAUGGACCAAUACUGUAAUUGGCAUUGCAACUCCCCACACUCUGACCACUGGCAGAAAUCGAGAGGGUCAAAACAUUCUCUUGCUUAAACAAAAAGUUUAUGGCGAGAAGAGUAGCCAAAUAACUUCUGGUCAACAUUAGGUUUGCACAAUAAAAGCUGAAAAUCAAUCGCUCAAGUCUGUUCUGUAUUUUACAAAUUUAACUACAGAGAUUUAUAUUUGGGUGGUGGAAAGCGCCGACUACAAUGUGGUUCUUUUGCCAGGUGAGAACCAGUUCUACCCACCAGCUCUGACACUGGUUUGGUGGAAAAACCCCACUCGAUGGCUUUGUGGAUGUGCAUUCCAGGUGCUUUCUUUCCCUUAUUUCCUGAAGCAGCUGAGUUUUUGUUUUACUCCUUUUCCCGGUUGUUUUGUCACAAUAGUCUCGGAACAUGUUCAUUUUUUAUUUUUUUUUUCCUCGUCUGAUUUUUCUUGUCAGUUAUUAGUUUUUCAUUAUGCACGGUAAAGAACUUGCAGAGUGGCCAAAACCCGGCCAAGUAGGAAGGACUUGCACUUUCUCUUAUCUUUGUACUAUGCACUGCCCUAUUGAUUCUGAACCCAAUAAUGUAUUACUUGAACCCAUCUCUUAAAAAAGGAAACUCCUCAGACAUUCACUUUGUGUGUAUGUAAAUAACACAGAAAAGGUAUCAACCUGCUAAAAAGACAAAAAAAUAAAAAGAGUUUGUGGCGAAAAAGAGCAUUGGUUCUGAUGCCACUAUGGUUUACUCCAGCAGAUGACUUCAGAGAAAUCUGUUCCCCCGACCAUCUGUUCUUGUGGCUUUGCCAUUCGAGCUUGGAGUGUCAUUAACAGAAAUAAACGUUGUGUUCUCUGCUCUCUCUCUCUCUAUCUAUCUCUCGUCUGGAUGCAUAGACUGAUAACUAAAUAAUGAAAUUGUAAAAAGAAAAAAAAAUACGGCUUGUUAAAAAGAUUAUACGAUUACCUCUGAUUAGUUGUAAGCGUAAAUUGUUUCUUUUUUUCUGAAUGAAAGGAGUGCUUUUUAUUUUCUUACUUAGGUUACAUUGGUGGAGAAAGAAGUCUGUAAGAAAACCAGUUCUUUGCUGACACGAGUUCCAUUUGUUAUAAAUGAAUUCUAUUAAAAAAUGUCAGUGUUA